AUGGAACUAAUAGAGACAGACAUUGAUACAGAGACAGAAAGUAUCACUUCUGCAACAGGAACCUCGAGUACAUCCUCUUCAUCCUCUUCAGUGUGGAAUCACUAUGUUAAAAUAGUCACCGAAACAAAGAAAGAAGAUGUAGAGUCGACUAAAGCAUUGAGAGAAUUGGGAAAGAAGAACAAAGAUGGUUCAUACACUUUGACGAUGGCCAAUUGCAAUCGCUGCGAUAUUUCAUACAAUAUUUCAAAGGGUGCAAGAACUCCUCUAUGGUUUGUUUUAUUGGCCCUCAGAGAUCGAUCAUUUAGAUCUAGAUAA